UGUUCUUGUAAAGAGACUCCAAUUUAGGGGUUUUCCAAAAUCUUCAGCUGAUACGACCGGGAAUCUCCCAAAAUGGAAGGUAAUCAGGCGGUAUCCGGCGGCGGAGGUGGAGGAGGUGGAGGAGGACCAGCUCCCUUUCUUCUAAAGACGUACGAUAUGGUUGACGACUCCAUGACCGAUGAAAUAGUGUCGUGGAGCACAAACAGGAACAGUUUCGUUGUGUGGAACCCUCCUGAAUUUGCUCGCCUGUUGUUGCCAACUUAUUUCAAGCACAAUAACUUUUCCAGCUUCAUUAGACAGCUCAAUACAUAUGGUUUCAGGAAGAUCGAUCCUGAAAGAUGGGAAUUCGCAAACGAAGAAUUCGCUAAAGAUCAAAAACACCUUCUGAAGAACAUUCAUCGAAGAAAACCAAUUCACAGCCACAGUAAUCCACAAUCUUCAACCAUCGAUCCCGAAAGAGCAGCUUUUGAAGAAGAAAUCGAUAAACUCACACGUGAAAAAACUUCACUCGAAAAAAACAUCACGAGAUUCAAACAACAACAACCAGUUUCAAAGCUCCAAGUCGAAGACCUCACUCACCGAGUCAACACCAUCGAAGAACGCCAAGACACACUCCUAACAUUCCUCAAAAAAGCCGCUCAAAAUCCCGAUUUUGUCGAACACCUUGCUCAAAAGCUCGAAUCAAUGGAUUUUUCAGCCGAUAACAAAAAAAGAAGAUUUUUCCCCGAAGAUAAUAAUAAUACUAAUACCAAUAGUCUCCCUCAGAGCCCAUCUAGACCAGAUUUCGGAAACAUUUUUCAUCGUGAUUUUUCAAAUAAGCUUCGAUUAGAGUUAUCGCCAGCUGUUUCUGACAUAAACUUUGUAUCAAACAGCACUCAAAGCUCAAACGAAGAUAAUGGAACUGGAAGCCCUCAAAUCAUAGUAUCUGAAAGGACACAUGGCAGCCUUCCAUUUAAUCAAGAAACCCAAGAACUUUCAGAUAGCUGCACUUCAUUUGGCUUCAACAUGGAUUCUUCUUUCAUAAACAAAACAUGUUUAGAUUCCAAUAAAGACACCACCAAAGGCCACGAUUCAUGUCAACUGAAUCUAACUUUAGCAUCUUGUGUUUCACAAAUCGACACGUGUCAGGAUACCGACACAAUGCCACAGUCAUUUGAGGAGAUCGGAAAGCCGCCGGAGUGGGCGGCGGCAGCCGCCAGAGUCCCGGAAAAGAACACAACUCCGGCGGCUCCGGUGGCACCUGCAGCUGCUCAGACGAGGGUUAAUGAUGUUUUCUGGGAGCAGUUUUUGACUGAAAGACCGGGUUCUUUGGAUGUUGAGGAAGCGAGUUCGAAUCUGAGGGCAAAUUCGUCAUUUGAGAAUUCGAGGAAUUUGCAGAAUCUGACUCUUUGAGGAAGAAGCUACUUAUGUAUCUCCAGGUUCUUUUCUCUGUUUGUAUAACUCUUAUAUAUUAGUCAACUUUAAUUUAAUGUACAUUAUUUAUGUGUUUACUAAUUUAUAUGUUUAGUUUGAACUUUGAAUUGAAUAAGAUGAUGUGAAAAAAUUCGUUAUCCUUUGAUUAGGGAUAUUUAAGGUA